AAUAAAAUCUCAGCAUCUACCCGAGAAAAAACCAGAAACGACAAAAACAAAAACCUCGAGGUUAGACAAGCAGAUGAUGGCUUUGACUAUCAGUCUAUCACCACUCCCCAUCAUAAAAACUUAAGAGCAAAUCUCUACCAUCCUUCCUAGAAUUCGCAAGCCUCGGCUCACAUCUAUUUUCUUCUUCCCCAAACACCUCUCAUCAUAUCACAGAGAAAUGGAGAAUACCCAACACAAGUAUGUUGAUGUAAGAGGGCUCAAGCUUCAUGUUGCAGACAUCGGAACAGGUCCGGCGGUGGUUUUCUUACAUGGGUUUCCGGAGAUAUGGUACUCGUGGCGGCAUCAGAUGGUGGCGGUGGCCGGUGCUGGGUUCCGAGCAAUUGCACCUGACUGCAGGGGAUACGGGCUCUCUGAUCAGCCUCCUGAGCCAGAGAAGGCUACUUUUAGGGACCUCGUUGACGAUCUUCUUGCCAUUCUCGACUCAUUUGGGAUACCCAAGGCUUUUCUUAUUGCGAAGGACUUCGGAGUUCGACCAGCUUACCACUUUGCACUUCUUUACCCAGAGAGAGUUUCAGGAGUCAUAACACUAGGUGUUCCCUUCCUUCUUGCAGGCCCAGAAGCAUUUCCUCGUGAAUUGCUUCCUAAAGGUUUCUAUAUGCUGCGGUGGCAGGAACCAGGGCGAGCUGAAAAGGACUUUGGCCGUUUUGAUGCCAAGACGGUGGUGAAGAGCAUUUACAUUCUUUUCUCUGGAAGUGAGCUACCUGUUGCUAGGGAGGACCAGGAGAUAAUGGACAUGGUUGACCCGUCCACGCCGCUUCCUCCUUGGUUCUCCGAAGAAGAUCUUGAGAACUAUGCAGCUUUAUACGAGAAAUCUGGUUUCCGAACUCCAUUGCAACUGCCAUACAGGGCUUGGCUGGAAGAUUAUGGAGUAUCUGAACUUAAAGUGAAAGUCCCUACGUUGCUCAUCAUGGGCGAAAAAGAUUACGUCCUGAAAUUUCUGGGCAUAGCAGAGUACAUAACAAGUGGGAAAGUGAAGGAAUAUGUACCUGAUUUGGAGACCAUAUUCAUGCCUGAGGGCACGCACUUCGUGCAAGAACAGCUCCCUGACCAGGUGAACCAGCUCAUCAUCUCCUUCCUCAACAAGCAUACUUGAUGUAACUGUCUACUUAUCCCUGGAGAGAAAUAAGUUGUGUUGUAUGUAUGGUUCCUUGAUGUUGGAGUUGAAACUGGGAUUGGUUUGUC